AUGUCGGAUCUGAUGCUUUCGUUGACGGCUCCUAAUGGACGCCAGUAUACGCAGCCUACGGGUCUGUUUAUUAAUAACGAGUUUGUUGCGUCGAAGGAUGGGGAUAAGUUUGGUACUAUUAAUCCUGCUGAUGAAUCGGAAAUUGCUUCCGUCUACGCGGCCGGUGAAGAAGACGUUGAUAUCGCCGUCAAGGCAGCCCGGAAGGCUCUCAAGGAUCCCUCGUGGAAGUCAUUGCCCGGCACGGAUCGGGGCCGCUUGAUGUCGAAGCUGGCUGAUCUGGUCGAGGAGCACAAGGAGACACUCGCCACGAUCGAGACGUGGGAUAAUGGAAAACCAUACGGCGAAUCCCUCAACGCCGACGUCGGAGAAGUCAUCAACACAAUCCGCUACUACGCCGGCUGGGCCGACAAAGUCCACGGCCAAACCAUCGGCACCUACCCCGAAAAACUAGCCUACACCCUCCGCCAACCCAUCGGUGUCGUCGCCCAGAUUAUCCCCUGGAACUUCCCCCUAGGCAUGGCAGCCUGGAAGCUCGGCCCGGCCCUAGCAUGCGGCAACACGGUCGUCUUGAAACCCGCUGAGCAGACACCGCUCAGCAUCCUCUACUUCGCUACGCUGCUUGAGAAAGCCGGGUUCCCGCCGGGCGUUGUGAACAUCCUGAACGGUCGCGGGCGCGUCUGCGGUAGCGCACUUGUCGCCCAUCCAGACGUGGACAAGGUCGCUUUCACAGGCUCCACCCAAACAGGCCGCGAGAUCAUGAAAAUGGCCGCAGGCACAAUGAAAAACAUCACCCUAGAGACAGGCGGCAAAUCGCCACUCAUCGUCUUCGACGACGCAGACCUCGAACAAGCUGCCAAAUGGGCACACUUGGGAAUCAUGUACAACCAGGGCCAAGUCUGCACCGCGACCUCGCGGGUGCUCGUCCACGACUCUGUCUACGACGACUUCGUCACGCUCUUCAAGCAAGCCAUGGCAUCCACCAACAAGGUCGGCGAUCCCUUUGCCGACGAUACCUUCCAGGGCCCCCAGGUAACCCAGGCGCAAUACGAGCGCGUGCUCGAGUACAUCGAAGCCGGGAAGAAAGAAGGCGCGACACUCGUCGCGGGAGGCGAGCCAGUCAAGAACGUCGCCGGAGGAAAGGGCUUCUUCGUCGCCCCCACCAUCUUUACAAACGUGAAAGAUAACAUGCGCAUCUACCGCGAGGAAGUCUUCGGCCCCUUCGUCGUGAUUUCCAGCUUCGUUACUGAGGAGGAGGCGCUUGAGCGCGCCAAUGAUACUUCCUACGGUCUUGGUGCAGCGCUGUUUACCAAGGAUAUUGCGCGCGCGCACCGUGUCGCGUCUGACAUUGAGGCUGGGAUGGUUUGGAUUAAUAGUAGUAAUGAUAGUGACUUCCGGGUGCCGUUUGGGGGUGUUAAGCAGAGUGGGAUUGGACGGGAGCUGGGUGAGGCUGGACUUGAGGCGUAUACGCAGACGAAGGCGAUUCAUGUGAAUUUGGGGUCGAGGCUGUAG